AUGAGUAUGCGCGUGUCGUGGGCCAGGUGGUAUUGGAUAGUUAUCUUCACGACGUGUACCGCGAGGACCGCCAGUGACUGGCUCGAUUGCGCUCACAUCGCGACCUGUCGUUGCAAGUGGUCCUCCGGGAAGAAAACCGCCACGUGUGCCUCCGGUGACCUACGCCGCCCGCCAUCUCUAUCAUCAGACAUUCAAGUAUUGGACCUCCACGAUAACCCCUUAAGAAACCUCCCCCAAGAAGUGUUUCUCAACAUUGGCCUUCUCAAUUUACAACGGCUUAAUUUACGAGCCACUAAACUUAGAUCUAUUCACGCAAAUGCUUUUUUAGAAUUAAGAAUUUUAAUUGAAGUCGAUUUGGCAGACAACGAUUUGGCUAUACUACCGAGGGAUAUAUUCCGGGGCAACGAAAGAUUGCGACUUGUAGUGCUCAGUAAUAAUCCAUUGACAACAUUAGUCGCAGAUCAGUUUCCAUCAUUACCACAUUUGCGGAUGCUUUUGUUAGACGGCUGUCGACUGAGGACAAUACACACAAACGCGUUGCGAAAUUUAAAAUCACUAGAGACGAUAGACUUACGAAGAAAUCAACUCACAUUCCUACGUUUGAUUACUUUUUCUCUGCCAGCCUUAAAGACUAUGUCACUGUCCGGUAAUCCGUGGCGAUGCGAUUGUCGUUUGCGUGAAUUUAAGGAUUGGUUUUUAGAGAGUAAAUUAGGUACUGAAGAAUUAGUUUGCGUAGAACCUUCGACUCAGUCAGGAAACAAAUGGCGUAAUCUACCUAGCGAGAGUAUGGUCUGUCCCCCCGAAGUAAAAUCCAAUACAUUGGUUGUGAGAGCAGAAGUUGGUUUAGCUGCUACAUUUGGUUGUUGGGUCCAUGGAAUCCCAAAACCUUCAGUAACGUGGCUCCUAGAUGGUGUUGAAAUACAUAACAGUUCAAUUGAUUGUGAAAUGGAAGAAACCGAUACUAUUAUAGAAGAAGAUACAUUAGAUGACAAAGUUCCAGGCAGUGUCAGAUGGGUGAAUAUAACGUUAUUAAAUGUAACUUCGAAUGCAGCUGGUGAGUGGACAUGCGUUGCUAAAAGCAUAGCAGGGGAGUCUAGAGCUGUUAUAAGUCUGGUUUUGCCUAGAUCUCAAACAGCCACUGCACGGACAGCUCCAGGAAUACCCCAAUUAAUAGGUGUCGUUUUCGGAGCUUUGGGUGCAUUAGCGUGCCUCGGAUUUGUUGCCGCUGUCGCAUGUUGGCAGUUAAGAAGAAGAACAGUACCAGCUAGUCGAAGUUUUACUGACCAAGAGAAACGUUUAAUAGAUGCUUCUGUAGUGGUGAGUUGCGAUCGUUCGAUUGCAGAUAUGGCAUCACCGUGUGAUUUUGAAUUAACAGAGAGAUCCUUGUCUGUUGAUGACCAACCAAGAGGGUGUGGCUUUGAUCCAGUUCACAUAACAAUAGAAGGUACACCAGGUGCGUUUCCACCUCCACCUGCUGAAUUUGCUGUACCGGUUCCUUAUGGGAAUAUUUUUAUAUCUGUCCAAGUAUCAGGUAGAGGAGAACCGGGAAAAUAUCCAGAUUUACUAAGCGGUGGCGCAACAUUACCUCGUAGAAAUAGAACAUGUUGUAAUGCACCAGCGUAUGAUAACAUGGGGCCUCGAGUUACAGCAACUGGUAGCUCCACGUGGUCACUUCCAGGAGCAAGCACAGAUAAUAAGGAAAUAUCAGAGACUCCAGUCCUCACUCUACCGCCGCCACCACCGGAGUUCGUCUCACUUUAGCCAAGGCCAAUGGUACUAGACGCCUCAAAUUUGAGGUGACCUGGUACCUAAAACUUUUUGAGUCAAUUAGACUAUUUCUCAAUUUUAUUGUAUUUAUAAUACGAUAAUUUUAACGUGAUUAAUUAAAAAUAUUGUAAAUAGUGUGUGCGAACGAUGUGUGACAUCUUGUGAGAUUUAAAAAAAAAACCUAAGGUUGUUUGUUAUCAAUAUUGAUGAAACUGUAAGAUAAAAAUUUUAUGUGGAUCGAUUGUUCGUAUGUAAUGUUGAUAUGUGGAAAGCGUUUAGUCCUUGUAUUUAUUUAAUAGAUGUUCUUUUUAUGACUUCGUGUAAGUGUCUUCCCAACUUUUGUAAAUAUUGUUUAAUCAUAUUUACAAACUUCCCAAAUAUAAGACUGACCUCUUUGUCUUAUUUUCAUCUCUAUUUGUAACUUACUACUGUAUAAAGCGAUAUGCUUUAAAUAGGCCAAUGAUAGCUUCGAGACAUUUUAUUUAAACGCAAAUAAUGUAAAAAUAAAUAAAUCAAUAUUAUAA